AUGGCUGCACACAUUCCUAUACGAUUAUCGAUCACCACCGAAAAUCGAGAUGACAAGGCUUCGCCCGUGACACCACUAACAGUGGUGCCGGGACUGACCCCUCCAGUCACCCCCACGAAGGGCGAUGACAGUUACUCAAGUGGUACGAGGACGGCCGGAUCAAGUCGCUCAAGCUCGUUUGUAUCCGAGGGAGAAAAGCCAAGAGAUCUCUUUGGGGCUGAUGUGCGCCCCUCGAGCCCUCUUCAAUAUUCCGAUGAGCUAGAGUUUCAAUAUGACCCGAAAGGCCGCCCGGUUGAGUUCGGCCGUGGUGUUUGGAGUGUCGUUUACAAAGCUUCGUCUCGCCCCGCUUCGAUAUCACCCCUGAUGACCCCUCCUAGUUCACCUGCGAGUGGAGGUCGGGUGGUAGCGGUCAAAUCUCCUGUCCGGCGAGAUGCACACGCUGUCCUGGACGCCGAAGCGUUGGCUUUAACUCGGAUUAGUCGAAUGCCGGGUUCGGAGCGACAUGUCAUUCCUUUCCAUGGGUACAUUUCCGAAUCACAUUCCAUAGUUCUGUCAGCCGUGCCCCUCUCUCUUGCCUCGUACAUCGAAGAAAAGGCCGACCUGGCCCAGAAACACAAGUCCACUCGGACUAUGUUCGAUCCUGUGCAGGGCAUGCCCCAGUGGCAAGAGCUUGCAAAAAAGCUUAUAACCAGCUUACACUGGCUUCACACGCAGUGCCAAAUAGUACACGGGGAUAUCAAGCCACAUAACAUCUUGUUGAGAUCACGACCCACGGGCAACGAUCUAGAAUCCGAUGAAUUCCCGUUUGAACCGCUUUUCGCCGAUUUCUCAUCCGCACAUAACAUCACCGGCUCUUCGCUGUCUGCAGAGAAAGAGACAGGGACGUCAUUAACGGCUUUGACACCACCUUUCGCCGCCCCCGAGCUGUUGUCUGUGUCAUCUCUGAGGUCCCCGGGCACUAGUCCCACCCCCGCAGCCGAUGUGUUUUCUCUAGCGGUCACCCUCCUCGCGGCGGCGACAGGCGAUCUGCUGCUUUAUCCUGGCGCCAGCAAUAUGCAGCGACUCGCCAUGGCUCGUGAAGGCCACCGGGUUAUUGACUUUGCCCAAUCGGGCCCUAAUGGUUCCCGGGUUCCUCGUAACGGACCUGUCGAACAGGUGAUCAAACCUGCCGUUUCGAAGGAACCAUCUCAACGUAUUCAACCCAGUAAAUGGGUAGAAUUAGUUGCUGCCAUGGCCUAA